GUUUCUUGGCCAAGUCCAGGUCGCAAGCAAUUGCAAAUUGUUUCCGAACAUGGGUAGCAAGAGAAAGCGCGCUGCCAAAGACUCGGCUGCUCCGAGCCAGCCGACAACGAAGCGGCCCAAGAAAAUCCCCGACUCAAAGAAUGGUUCGGCCAAGCCCACAUCAAACAAAGCCCCCAAGAGCCUAGACAAGUCACCCUUCGUGGAACGCCCCACCUCCGACGAACGCAAACGGGAAGCGCACGUAUACGAGCUCCUUGGUAGCGAGGACAGCUCCGACCGCAUCAAUGCCGCGGAUGCCAUUGUGUCCGGCUUGUUUGGCGGAGAAGGCGUGCCCGGUCCGGUCCUCCAACGUCACCUAGACACCCGGCUUUUCCGCGGCCUCGCAAGCGGCAGGAAUGCGUCGCGCAUUGGCUUCAGCCUCGCCAUUACCGAGAUCCUGAGACAGCUCUUCGGGAAGGACGACCUGGCAAACCUGCGAUAUCCUGGACUGACGUUCGACGAAGUCUUGCAUGUCUUGGUCGCGAGAACGCAUGCUGGCGGCAAUGUCCCUGGCCAGCAAGAGAGGGACCAUUACUUUGGCCAACUUUUCGGAAUCGAGUGUUUCGUCAGUGCCGGCAUCCUGUUCGGCGACAAGACGAGAUGGCUUUCAGUCGUUGACCUCCUGCUGAAGCUCGCCAACAAGAAGGCGUGGCUUCGACCCCAGUGUGGCUGGAUCAUUGCUCAGGCCAUAGGACAAAUGAAACAAAAGCUGGCCGAAAAUACACUCCAGAAGCUGUCUGACGAGGGUCUGUCCAAGACUCCGGAAGGGGUCGGCAUCUAUAUAGUUGCCCUGGACCGCUUUCCAGACAUGAAGGUGCCCUCAAAGCCGUGGCGUAACCCUCUCUCGCCGAAAGCCUUCGGAGACUUGCCUGCAGCGCUGAAGGAUAGUGGUAGGGAGGAGUCACAGUCACAGGAUGCCACUGGUCGGAAGCAGAAGCAGAGCAACUGGACUGCGCAGCUCCACUGGGUGUGGGAUGUUAUUCUGUCACACUUUGCAAAGCCCUCAACCGCCGAUUCUGAUCUCGCUGAGAAUUUCAGGCUGUUUUGGAACAGAGUCGUUGACGAAAGCUUCUUCUCCAAGAGUGCCUCCGACGGCCAGAAGUUUUCUGGUUUCAUGAUCUUCCAAAAGAUGAUCGAAGGCGGUUCAGGCUCCCCAUUUAUCGUGGACACCGUAUUCAGCAAGAACUUCAUGGCUUGUCUGAUCAAUCAGGCGUCGAAAGAGGAUCGCUACCUCCAUCGGGCUGCACUGAAGGCUCUGAAGACAAUCGAGACUACCGUCCAGGAAGAACCUUCGAUCCUUGAGCCGGUCUUGAAGAAACUCCUUGGUAGUCAUGGCGCCUACAACUUCGACCAACGGACGAACACCAAGACAGUAGAGAAACUACUUCAAUACACCACCACGACAAAUGUCGAGGCUGUCCUCGACCUUAUCAAGAACAUGAACAAUCUAGAGCUGCCGUUGUUCGUGCAGGCUUAUGGCAACUAUCUCUUCAAGCUGGCGAGCCUUGCAACCGAGCCUGGAAAGACGGAUGACGACCAUGAUAUUUAUGUCCCGGCAUUAGCUCUUCAGGAACUAGCAAGAAUUACCUACUCCAAGGCCGAUGCGGCUUUGUCGGACCAGAAGACCCGAGAUCUGCUGCGUAACAGAUUGACGUCCGCCUUUGCGAAGUUCGUCAGGCGGCCCGAAGACUUUUCUCACCUCUGCAACGCGGUCUUGUUGAUCGAAGCGGACGUGGGGAUGGAUGGGGAGAUCGAAUCGGAGCUCGUUCGAGCGCUGGAGCGACUCAGAGACCUGCUUGACUGUGAGGACGUUGGAGCAGAUCUCAGAGGCCCAUACCAUGGAUUGGCCUUGCUACACGCCGUGGGUGUCCUGCAGCUGUACAACGAAGACCCGGAUGCGCUGGAGACGCUAGCAGAUCUCGAGCAGUGCUACGAUAAACUGAAAGGCAAGGCAUUCGACGAGGACGAGGGCGCGUCCGAGUUCCUCGUUGAGAUCCUGCUCUCCAUGGUUGCCCAGCCGUCCUCUCUGAUGAGGCAACUCUCUCAACAAGUGUUCGAGGCAUUCACCCCCGUGCUCUCAGCCCAGGCAAUCCAACUUCUCACAGACCCGCUUACGGCGGAUGAGAAUGCAAAGGGACAACAGACCCUUUUUAGCACUGAGGACGAAGACAUGGACGGCGCCGAGGGUAGCGAACCAGAAGGCAGCGACCACGAGUCUCUCGAUUCGGAUGUGGAGAUUGUGGACCUCGAGGAUGCCCCCUCGGACCCAGAAUCCGAUGCCAGCGACAAUGAAAGUGACAGUGGUAGUGAAGGGGCCGAGUCCGUUCAGGGAGAAGGUGCCAAGGAUGAAUUGGACGGGUUGGAUGAUGCCUUGGCUGAAGUGCUGAAGAGCCACCGUCUAGACAAGGAUGCGGAGGCCGAGUCAAGCGAUGAUUCCGACAUGAGCGACUCGGAGAUGAUGGAGCUUGACGACAAACUCGUGGAGAUCUUCAAGCAACGAGCGAAGACGUCGAGCAAGAAAAAGGACAAAAAGGAUGCCAAAGAGUCGAUCAUCAACUUCAAACACCGGGUCCUCGACUUGCUCGCCAUCUUCAUCAAGAAGGAGGCAGCCACCUCGAACCCGCUUGUCUUCCAAAUCCUCCUACCGUUAUUGCAGCUGGUCCGGAUGACGACGACCAAGCCGCUCGCCAACAAGGCCUGCGACAUCGUCCUCACCUUCGCGAAGGGUCUCAAGAAAUCCAGGGCCAACCAGGAUUCCAACGAACUCGACGCCGACGCCCUGAUGGCUCUCCUGCGCGACAUUCACGCCGACGCGUCCAAGGAUCCGUCCCACCUCUUCGCGAGGGCGGCCUCGUCCGCAAGCCUUGCCGUGGCCUCGGUCCUCUGCGCCUCGACCGGCCGGGCCGAGGAGGUCUUCCAGCUCUAUGCCCAGUCCCAGCUCAACUGGUACCGCGGGGAAGUCAAGAUGCAGCCUUCGUUCUUCGCGGACUGGCUCAACUGGUGCCAAGGCCAUGCUUCAAACAUGGCGGCACAAGGCAAGGAAUAGCUUGGUAGCUAGCUAGCGGUAGUGGGUACCUAGGGAGCGGUUUAGAAUCUGUUUGCGAAUGUCGAGAUAUGCAUCCAUAUUUGCACCAGGGUUCUCCGCCCAAAUUGUAACGUGCAAUUCCAUAGAAUACUUCCAUACUCUUUCUAAACCGGAGCGAGACAUGCAAUGAAGUAGAUAGGUUAGCAGCAAGCACGGUACCUCGCGAAUCUCUGCAUAGAAAGGACCUGGCAAUCCGUCCGCGGUCCAAAUGGCAAUUACUUUCUAUG